AUGGCUAGAAACAGAGCAUUUGGUAGGCUUCAAGAGGACCGGAAGAAGACAAGAUUCUUCAAGAUUCUUGCAGAUGAAGAUCUGUCCUCUGAAUCCAUGAGAUUGAUUCCACACGAGUUCUGGACAAGAAGUGAAUGCAAGAAUCUCCCACCUAAGGUGACCUUGAAGGUGGCUUGGGGAAGUUCUUGGACAGUGAAUCUCUCAAGAUUCAUGGGAUUUUGCCUUAUGGAGAGAAAUGGAUGGGAGAAGUUUCUAAGCGACAAUCAUCUAGGAGACAAUGAGUUUCUGACCUUCACAAACGAAGGAAACAAUUGCAUAACCGUUGACAUCUUCCAGAAGAAUUGUAUAGAGAUUCUCAAGCCACUAAAAGCUUCUUCCUCCAAUAACAAGAAUGAAGAGAUGAGCUGUGUUGAUUCUGUAAUAGCUGAAUCUAAGAUGAAGAAGAAGAAAGUGGAUAGUAAUGAAGCUUCAUCUUCUUCCUCAGCUGCAGCAUUUAGUCUCACCAUCAAGAAGUCACAUCUCACAUUGUUGACAAUACCGGCAAACUUUGCAAAGGAGCAGAUGCCAAAGGGGAGGACUAAGUUUGUCAUACAUGAUCCCAAGGGGAAGCCAUGGGAUGUUGUCUAUGUUCCCAGUAAUGGAUCAAAUUUGUUUUCCAGCGGAUGGAGAUAUUUAGCAAAGGGCUACGGUUUAGCUGUUGGAGAUUUGUGCACUUUCAGAAUCAUUAAACCCAAAGAGAUUGUUCUUGAAGUCUUACAUGCCUCUACAUGAUGUGGUGUUUGAUUAUAAGUUAGAACUUAG